AUGGGGCUGCGCUCGACUUUGUGUCCUGAAUCCUGUGCCUUGCCUUGCUUUGCUCUGCUGCCGCAGUGGUACACUACGGCCGUCGAUUAUUGGGACAAGCAGGAGGCGAGCGUGAAUGGCGUGCUGGGCGGCUAUGGCCACCUCACCACUGCCGACGUGCGUGACAGCCGCGCCUUCCUCCAGAAGGCGUAUGGCACUCCGUUGGCAGAGGCCGAGGCAGGAAAGCGUCGCUUAGUGGCACUAGACUGCGGCGCGGGCGUGGGGAGAGUGUCAGAACAGCUGCUGCUGCACCACUUUCAAGAGGUCGACCUAGUGGAGCCCUCAGCACACCUGCUGGACACAGCACGAAAGAGCCUGGGCGGCCGCGGCAAGCAUGGGUGGCCGCGGGGCCACAAAGCCGUCAACUUUUACCAGGCAGGAAUCGAGCAGCACCAUCCAGAGCCGGGGCGGUACGAUGUGGUGUGGCUGCAGUGGGCAGCGCUGUACCUCACUGAUGAGGACUUGAUCGCCUUUCUGCAGCGCUCGGCGGCGGCGCUCAAGCCUGGCGGCGUGCUGUUUGUCAAGGAGAACGUCUGUGAGCGGGGGUUCAUCGUGGACAGCUCGGAUGCCUCCGUCACCAGGCAUGCCUGCCGCAGGCCAAGCAUGGCAGCGAGCCCAUGCUGUGCAGCUUGCUGUUGA